UCGUAAACAUACUGUUGCUUCUCUCUCAAUCUUAUUAACUUCAGACUGCCUGAAAUGCGAUUUCUACUCCAUCUUCUUGUUCUGUUAGAAAUAAAAGAAUCAUGGCUGUUUGAAGGCAGCUCAAUUCUCCCCAUCUGUCCAAAGGGUUAUUUUCCAUGUGGGAACCUUACAACAUGCCUUCCACGGUCAUUUCACUGUGAUGGUAUAAAUGACUGUGGGAAUGGUGCAGAUGAAGAAAACUGUGGAGACAAUAGUGGAUGGGCAAAUAUAUUUGACAUGGUCCAUGGAAAGCCUAAUUAUCUGGACUUAUCAGAAGAGUGCUGUCUCCACCAGUAUCCAGAAAGUUGUGACUGCAUAGAAACUGAAUUAGAAUGUGUAGAUGUUAAUUUAAAAUCUGUUCCACUUGUUUCAAGCAAUGUCACCCUACUGUCUCUUAAACACAACCAGAUCCAUGCUCUUCCAGAUGAAGUUUUCAGCAGAUAUACAGAAGUGAAGAAAAUAUUUCUGCAACAUAAUUGCAUUCAGACAAUAUCAAGAAAAGCAUUUUUUGGAUUAUACAAACUUCAGAAAUUAUAUCUCAGUCAUAAUUGCAUCACCAGUCUGAAACCUGGGAUAUUCAGAGACCUACACAAAUUGAAAUGGCUAAUUCUAGAUGAUAACCCAAUAGUGAAAAUUUCACAACAACUAUUUACUGGUCUGAAGUCCUUGUUUUUUCUGUCUAUGAUAAACAAUUCACUUGUGGCCCUUCCCAGGAAAAUAUGCACUCAAAUGCCUCUUAUUAACUGGAUGGAUUUUGAAGGUAAUCGCAUUAAAGCCUUAACUAAUGCCACCUUUCUGGAAUGUAAUGCACUCACGGUGCUGUGUCUUCGUGGAAAUCAAGUUCAUUUUGUGCCUGAAAAGACAUUUUCUUCCUUAAAACAUUUGGGAGAACUGGAUCUGUCUAAGAACAUAAUUACUGAAUUACCACAUUAUAUCUUUAAAGACCUGAAAUAUUUACAAAAACUUAAUUUGUCUUUCAAUCCACUUUCUCACCUCUAUGAAGAUCAGUUUGAGAGUCUUCAACAACUUCAGUCUUUAGACUUGGAAACAAUAGAGAUCCCAAAUAUAAAUGCAAGGAUGUUCCAGCCUUUGAGGAACCUUUCCCACAUCUACUUCAAAAAAUUUCGGUAUUGCUCCUAUGCUCUCCAUGUCCGAAUAUGCACUCCAUUAACAGAUGGGAUUUCAUCAUUUGAGGACCUCUUAGCUAACAAUGUUCUAAGAGUAUUUGUCUGGGUCAUAGCUUGUGUUACAUGUUUUGGAAAUCUUUUUGUCAUUGGAAUGAGAUCGUUCAUCAGAGCUGAAAACAAAACACACACUAUGUCUAUCAAAAUUUUGUGUUGUGCUGAUUGUCUAAUGGGCGUGUAUUUGUUCUUCAUUGGAAUCUUUGAUGUUAAAUACCGUGGAGAGUAUAAAAAAUAUGCUGUGCUGUGGAUGGAAAGCUUACCAUGUCAUAUCAUGGGGUUUCUGGCCAUGUUGUCUACAGAAGUCUCUGUCCUUUUGUUGACAUAUCUGACUUUGGAAAAAUAUUUAGUGAUUGUCUUUCCCUUCAGUAAUAUCCGACCAGGAAAACAUCAAACAGUAAUAAUCCUUGUUUCCAUAUGGAUUAUUGGAUUUGUAAUAGCAAUAAUCCCAUUUGGGGAUGAGGACUUUUUUGGAAAUUAUUAUGGGAAAAAUGGAGUUUGUUUCCCACUUUAUUCUGAUCAAACAGAAGAAAUUGGAGGCAAAGGGUAUUCUUUUGGCAUUUUUCUUGGUGUGAACCUACUUGCCUUCAUCAUAAUACUGUUUUCAUAUGUCAGUAUGUUUUAUUCCAUAAAAAAAACUGCCCUUCAGACAUCAGAAGUCAGGAGCCAUAUUCAUAGGGAUGUUGCUGUUGCCAAUCGAUUUUUUUUUAUAGUAUUCACUGAUGCCAUCUGCUGGAUUCCUGUUUUUGUUAUAAAAAUCCUGUCUCUGUUCCAAGUAGAAAUUCUAGACACAGUCACUUCCUGGAUAGUGAUAUUUAUUCUGCCAAUAAACAGCGCGUUGAACCCAAUUCUCUACACUCUAACAACAACUGUCUUUAAGGAGAAGUUAAAGGAGUUUCUGCACAGUCAUCGAAGGAGGUCUGUUUUAAAAAAUGACAGAAACAGCUUGGCUACAUCAGUGUGCACAGGUAGUUCCCUAAUCCACGCCUCCUCAUUUAAACUUGGAUUAUUAAACAAACAGUCCUUGGGAAUAGUAAAAUUAACCUAAUCAUACAAAUGAUGGUUUUUCAGCGAGAUCAUGGGAACUGGAUCUCACUGGAUUGCAGUAAUGCUAAUCUCUUUGAAAUUUAUUUAGAAAUUUCUUUGUCAUUGCCACCUCUGUAUUCAUCUUCCCAUAAAAUAAACUAUCAGCUGUUGCUUUUAUCAUCCGGGUGUCAUGUUAAGGUUCAAAGCAAGCAUGCUGAAAGUUGGAACUGAAAACAAUGAUACAUUUCCAUUAUUCAUUCCAUUUCCCCAGACAUCACUUAUACUAGCAGUUCCCUAUUAUAGCCUUUGUAACACUGAAGAAAUACAGAAGUAAAAAUGUCCAAAAAUGAUUUGGCUAAGUGAGAUUGCAAGAAGUUUUCACCAAGGAUGAAAACUGCCAGUGGGCAGAAGGCCAGCACACUCUCUGUGCACCACGGAAGUCCAGUUUCAUUCUGUUGGAUGCUAAUGGAAUGUAGGCACUCUGUUGGCUCUCUGCAGAGAGAUGAAUGUCCCCGUGAGCACAUAAUUUCACGUGCCAACCACACAAGACAUAAUUAAAGGUCAUUCUUUUAGUGCAUCUCAGGGUUUGUUAAUCCCAGUUAGAUCUGACUUGGUGCAAAAGGGUAGCCAUUUUUAUUCUGUGAACAAAAGGCUUAACUGAAUGCUCUUCAAACAUAACAGGAGACAAACACAACAUGGAAUAUCCCCACCUAUUGGGAGAA